GUCUCAGAUUGUUGCUGCCUUUUCGUGUUACUAUCGCUGCCCGUGUGUGGACUCAGCCAAUCUCGUUCCUAUGACGCUCGCAAGGCUGGAUUUAGAAGCGCUUGAUCAUAAUAUUUAACACACCCACCCAGCCUUAAACAGCAAGAACACAAGCUCAACUCGCCCGGAAUGAGAAGAAGAGCUUCGGGGUGAAACCAAAAAUCGGCACCUGCCAAAAUAUCUACUUAUUAUCCGCAUUUUGUUUUAAUUCAGAUAGGAAAAUAAUGUGGCUAGCUUGUCCAGCAUCUAGGUAGGCUACUGAUUACACAUUGGUAGCUACGCAUCUUGGUUUGCUGACUGAAAAGGAUGGAUGUUCUUUCAAGAAGCUCGUUCAGUUUUUCCAUUAACGUUUUACUUUAAGCAUUCUGCUGUGGGUUUCUUUACUUCAAGAGGACUUUUUAAAUUUACCCAUCACAAACAGUGGCUUGAUUACAGCUGUAAUUUUUUUUAUUGUUAAGGAAUAAAAUAACGUUCGCCGCUUUUCGCUCCCUUUGAAGGACGGGUUGGACAAAUGUCUUCUCCAUACUCCGAUGAUGUGAGCCAGCCUAUCCAGUACUGCAGAAUACAGGUUCUGAGGAUGGAACGCCGCUAUCGAGACCUUGCUUACACUUACUAUGGAUGAUUUCUAUUGCGUUUAACACGCUACCAGUAGGCUGCCAGCGAUUGCCACAUUCUAAGACAUUCAGCUCCACACUGAAAUAUAGCCUAACAACAACUACAUUCAACGAAAUACGAACAGCUGAAGCGAUUAACGAGUUGGGUUAAAGCUGCUUUCUUAUUGUAUAUUUUAGUCAAUGCAGUGGUCACUUCUCACCUGGCUGCAUGUGAAACAUUCUUGACUAUGCUCAUCAAAAGAACAAUUUGUUUUUACCUGGAUUUCUCGUAUAGCUAGCAAGGAUUAUCUGGCUGAACACUGAGAUCCUUAAUCAAAUCAACAAAUGAUGACGGCAAAGUGUUUAACGUGUAUUUUUCUAAAAUCGCAACCAGUCUAAUAAAUGUCGUUGGUGAUGUAGUGAGUUUUUUCCUUUAUCUCUUCAUUAUUUCAAACAAACAUUUACAUAUUAUCAAACUGGGAACUACGAAGAUGAUACUCUUCCGUAAAUUCCGAGUUUUAAUUCUCAUGGUGUUUCUUAUUGCGUGCACCAUGCACAUUAUGAUAGACUUGUUACCAAAGCUAGAGAGGCGAGCAGCAGGACCGAACUCCGGUAACAGCGCUUGCUCCUGCUCUCACAGACCGAGCGAGGAGCCUCAGAGCUGGGGAAAGCAACGAGGCAGAUCUGGAGCAGAAUCCGGCUGGCCUAAUAAGCAUACUUUGAGAAUCUUGCAAGAUUUUAGCAACGAGCCCACUUCCAAUCUUACUUCGCAUUCCUUGGAAAAGAUCACAGGGGCCAGUGACAAAAUCGAGGCUUUCAAAAAACUGGAACACUAUGCGCAGAACGGAGAGACGAAGAAGCAGUUCAUUCAGGAGACGAACGUCAUUAAGAAUCUACCUGCAAAGACUUUCACCAGGCUAUCGGCUCUGUUUGAACACCCUUUAUAUAAAACAACUCUACCACCACUAACCGACGAAGACACCUUAUUCAACGUCAACACUGACAUCAGAUUCAACCCCAAAGCUGCUGAGAACCAAGAAUGGCACAAUGAAGGGACUGAAGAGGAGUAUCCACCUACUGGAGAGUCUUCUGCAGACUCAUACCCAAAUUGGCUCAGAUUCCACAUUGGGAUUAAUCGUUACGAACUGUACUCCCGGCACAACCCUGUCAUGGAUGCACUGUUGAAGGACCUUGUCUCUCAAAGAAUCACCAGCGUGGCCAUGAAGUCUGGUGGGACUCAACUGAAGCUCAUAAUGACGUUCCAGAACUAUGGACAGGCGCUGUUUAAACCCAUGAAGCAAACGAGGGAGCAAGAGACACCGCCGGACUUCUUCUACUUCUCCGAUUUUGAGAGGCACAAUGCGGAAAUUGCGGCCUUUCAUCUGGAUAGGAUCCUGGAUUUUCGGAGAGUGCCCCCAGUGGCUGGAAGGUUGGUCAACAUGACGAAGGAGAUCCGGGAUGUAACCCGAGACAAGAAGCUGUGGAGGACAUUUUUCGUCUCCCCAGCCAACAAUAUCUGCUUCUAUGGGGAGUGCUCUUACUACUGCUCCACAGAGCAUGCUCUGUGUGGGAAGCCAGAUCAGAUCGAAGGUUCCCUGGCCGCUUUUCUCCCGGACCUGGCCCUGGCCAAACGCAAGACCUGGAGGAACCCCUGGCGCCGCUCGUACCACAAGCGCAAGAAAGCAGAGUGGGAAGUUGACCCUGAUUACUGUGAAGAGGUCAAGCAGACACCGCCCUAUGACAGUGGCUCACGUCUCCUGGACAUCAUGGAUAUGACCAUUUUUGACUUCCUGAUGGGAAAUAUGGAUCGUCAUCAUUACGAGACAUUUGAGAAGUUUGGAAAUGAGACCUUUAUUAUCCAUCUGGAUAAUGGCAGAGGGUUUGGAAAGCAUUCCCACGAUGAGCUCUCAAUUCUUGUGCCUUUAAGCCAAUGUUGCCGAGUGAAGAAGUCGACACACCUGAGACUGCAGCUGCUGGCCAAGGAGGAGUACAAGCUGAGCGCUCUGAUGGCGGAGUCCCUGCUGAAGGACAGGCUCACCCCCGUCCUCAUCCAGCCUCACCUGGAGGCCAUGGACCGUCGCCUGCGCCUGGUCCUCAAGGUGCUGUCUGACUGCAUCGAGAAGGAGGGCUACGUCAACGUGGUGGAGGACGACCAGGAUGAGGAGAGCACUCACACGGCCCCCAGCAGGAGGUAGUAGGCCUCAAAAAGGGGAGAGAAAACCUCCCGCCUGCUCAAAACACACCAUGGAAGUCUUGCAAGAGACGCUUAUUUAUGCUACUUUUUGAAUUCAAUGAAUUCCAAGACUCCUUUAUUCCGCUAUCACCUGUGUAGGUGUGUUUAUAUGCUGUAGUCAUACGUGCAGAUAUAUAAGCAUGCAUAAAUGAGGUGAUAGACAUGGUCUUAUUAAAUAAAAAAAGUUUUAUUGCUUAUAUUUGACGGUACAUACAAGGAAGAAGAACCAAUUUCUUUUCUGUUGUCAGUCUUGUUUGAUCUUGUCUUUUUUUCCUUGUUUUUCUUUGUUUUUUUCAGGUUUUGGAGUGCCGGUUUGCUCCAAAAUCAUUUUUUUCCUGUCAACAUCAAUUGCCCUGAAGUUAUUUAUUGUGUUGCAUAUUUAUUUGAUUUGAAAAGUCACCAUUUUUAUCCAUUUCUUUACACUGACAAAACUGGUUACGCUGAUAGAUCUUGUCAAGGGAAGUUUCAGUGUACAGAAGCAGAGGGGGAGGGGUGACACUGCCUUCAUACUGUAUAUACUGCAGAGACUGAAAAGGCAGCCAUUUCUUUAUAUAUGCCGUACUGCUAAUUUUGUUUCAAAUUACCCUCUUAGAACAAACAGUAUUUGUUAUUUAAUGAGGCAGGGAGCUUUAAACCUGAAACUAUUGAAUUUGCCCAUGAUCCUCAUAGUACAUUCCUAGUCAACUAUGCCCUCAUUUCUUAGAUUAAAUCAUAUGUAAUAUCUAGAUUUUGAAAUCAAAUCAGCAUUUUCUUUUCAGAAAAAUAACCACAAAAUGUCAUUACUAGUUAGUGUUUAUUAUUGCUAUCAUAUCAGAAGUAUUAACUAUCUAGUUAGGUUAAAAAGCAGCAUUAAAUCUCACUAUCUUAAACCAGAAACAAAGCAAACAUUUUAUGUGACAAAGCAAUACAAAGACGUAAAAUAAUCUUAUCCGAAUAGUGUGCACAAAGGCAGAAAUGGACCAUCUUUGUGUUUGACUCGAAACCACACUACUUUUUUCAUUAUUUGUGAUAUAAUACCCUACUUUCUGCAUGGAAGAUUCAUCAUUAAGUGCUUCAGAUGUCAGUACAGUUUAUGUAUAUUGCAAUCACAUAUUUUGUUCAAAGCUGCAUAACUAAGAAGCAGCUAUCCCUGAAAUGGUUGACUCCAACUCACCAGUGGCACUUUUCUUGGCAAUGAGAUAUACAGUUCUUUAUUCUUUCGCGUGUUGUGAUGUAAAUAAUUCAGACACACUAGAAAUGAACAAAACUAGUAAGAUUCUGUUUACACAUCAAGCGUCAUUAAGUGUGUCUCAUUUCCUGUCCCGUCCAAAAUAGUAAUAAUAAUAAUAAUAAUAAUAAUAAAAUCAGUUCAAAUUAGUGGUACGUUUGAUUAACUGUGAACAACUAUAAACCUACAGCAUGUAAAAUCACAGUCUUCAUAUUCUUUUCACAGUAAAAUGUUCAGUGUUAAAUCAACUCUUACAGAGUGCAUAUGGCCCAUACUGUGGUCAUAUGUACUCGGUAGAGUUGAAGCAGCACUGCACAUUUUACUGUGUACUGUCUCCUUAAAUUCACCAUGUUACAAUUUAUUGAUUCGGCAGAAGCUUUUAGCCAAAAUGACUUAAAAAAAGAGACUUUGUUAUGCAUAAAAAGUGUGUACUGUGGAUUUAAGUUAAUUGGCCAUUCAAACAGAAAUAGUGCAUCUACUUUUUUUAACUUGUUGUUUUCAUCUUAAAAUACUCUGGUGAAAUGUAAGUUAAAGUCAAAUAUUUCAAGGCAAAGUGGUUUGAUGUAUUAAACAUCUAGAAGGUCCUUUCAGAUUUUUAUAUUUAUAUUAUAAUUCAGACAAAACCUUUCCCCAGAUUUUAUUUUCUCAUAGACCAAUCCGAGGUGCCUUUCAGAGAGGCAACAUUGUGUUCUGCUUUUCAUUCAGUGUCAGGCUGUAUAUCUAUAAAUAUUUCCAGGCUGAAUGACAUUUUCAAACUUUUAACAGAUCUUUAUUCAAAUUCACUAAAGUGCUAGCCAGGUGCAUGCUUUAUAGAGGGUUAGUCAAAAUGGUUAAUCAAGUGCACUUAAAGUGUUCCCAGAAAAUACAGGGUGUAAAAAUCCAAUUGUGGGUCAUUUGGUGUUUUGAUAUGGUCAAAACGCACCUGGUUAUGACAAACAGUGAUGUAUAAGCUCUAUUAGGGUUCUGCACAUAUUGUCACAGCAGUAGCCUCCACUCUGUUGGAUGUAAGUGUGUAAGUGUGCUUUCCCAUUGCUGCUCAAUGAGCACAAUGAGAAAAUUGAAAAUUUAAGAGAUAUUUGAACCCAAUAUGAUUUUAGAAGAGUGUGGAGGAAGGUAGUAAUUCACUGUUGUGCACUUCCAUGCACAAACAGGCAUGGCCAAUGCAGUACCAUUAUGUGAAUUCCCUGCUGAGGAAGAGGGGGAAAUCUGAGGGGAUGUCGGCUGUGUGAAGAUAGCCAUUACCAGCAGCACCAUCCCUGUGGUGUGCGUUUCAUUAAAAACAGAUACUUGUGAAGAAAUAUUUCCCUCACGUAUAACAUUAUCAGUGUACAACUUGUUGAUUAAACUUAAUCUGGUAGCUAUCGAUCAGUUUGCAAAUGUUGCUAUGUACCUUUAUGGCCGUAGCUUAUGAUGAAGGUGAUGCAAUUAUUUGUCAGGUCGCUUGCCUGGUUAACUACUCUCAGUUAAAGUCUCAGUGAAUUGACUAUUGACUGCCAUUGACUAUUAGCUACAGUAUUUUGCUAUUUUAUUGUCCUUACAUUGUGCCAAUUUAGCAUUUAUUCCUAUCUCUUAAACAUUGAUUUAUCCAUGGGGAAAACUGAUUUCCAAAAGCCUAGAACAAGGCUCAGUUAUAUGCUUAUGCAUAUGCUUCUGUGAGAUCAGUGCAGAACCCUAAUGUUGGUGGACUCGAUAGGAAAUGGUCACUUAUAAUGCUUUUACAGUAUUAUCAGUUUUUAACUGAGCUUUAAAACAAUCAUAACCUUGUGUCAUAUUAGGCAUUUGUUAUAAACUGUUGCUGUAUUACUUCAAAAUGGAAAAUAUAACAGAGGCUAAUUCAUUAAAAUUUUAAAUGAAUUGUUUAAAUACAAAUGUAAGGUGUUUUAAAAAUUAAGCCAACUUUAGAAAUCAGACUUUUAGAGCAAACAAAAUGUCUGUUUACAUCUAUGAAGUGUGCAUCCCUCACCCUUUGUAUGUGUUGAAUUGUGUCUGACCCUUAUGUGAGUAGGUAUAAACCAGCAGUUUUAACUCAAGAUCAGCACUGUUUAGAGAUAUUGUGUGGAUGUGUGCAAGUUUGUCUCAACACUUUGUGAAACGCCUGAAUGAUGGCAAGGCCUGGAUGAAGGCAAUAUCCUACAGUAUUUUCCAUGGCCUUUUAAAGACACAAGGACUGCCUGUUUGAAUUGUGCGAUAGCGUCACCUGGAUUGUAAAUACCAUCAUGUUGAAUGAUCUACUACAGAGUAGCUAUUUAGUCAAGGUACCUUAUGGAAAGGGAAGGCAUUCUUGUAUCACGUCCAGUUUACAGGCAAUCCCUCUAAGUAUAAAUUAGACUGUGCCAAGUUACAGACUCAGCUUUAAGUUUCAUUUCCUCCAGACUUGAGUGUCUGUGAUAAUAGACAUACACAAUAAUCACUGGAAGUUCAGUGUUAAACAGUAACUUGGCUUCUUAUUUCCAUCUGAAAUACUUGGUGCCAGAUUCAUGCAAUGGUACGUAUGUUUCUCAACCAUUGUUUUACAAAUGCAUAACAAUCGAUACAUACACUGAUAUGUUCCACCCUUCUUGAACAUAAUAUAUGGUCAGAUCCAUUUCAGAAGAAACCAUUUCAAGGUACACAUUGUCUCAACAUGCUUGUGUUUCAUAAUAUGGCUUUUGUUUCUGAAAUUGUAUUAUUUAUUGAAGGCUGAAUCAAUUUAGAUUACAGAGGGAAAUUGUUUUUUAUUUUAUUUUAAUUUUAAUUUUUUCCUGUAUUAAUGUUUCUGUUUUAUGAUGUGUCUGGAUGUUGAUCUGUUAUUGAUCAGAAAGAUAGGGUGUAAAUGUAUUUAGUGUCAUACAGCAGAGUGCAAUGCUAGACUAAAUAUUUCAAUUACAUCAGAGAAUGAAUAUUUGAGUAAACCCAGUGCCUGUGCAAUUAUAUGAUAGAAAUACUUGAAUGUUUGGGUUCACUAUCAAAACAGAACAUUUAAAAAUGUUUUUUAACCUAGAUUCAGAAAAGACAAAGAGGUAAUGAGGGCAUGGGAUUUAGUCCACCCUCUCCUGGAAAUGGUGGCCAAGAGACUACUUAAUCUCUCCUUCGGUUUUCAUAGUUCAAUGUAAAUAACUAUAAAUACUUUGCGAACAUAAGAAGCUGUAUUUCUGCAGCAAUAGGCUCUUUUUUCUUUUUCGCAUUGUUUCUGUGGAAUUUGUUUGCAACAUGUUAAAAGUGCAAUAAAACAAAAUGGCAAAAA